UGAUGAGAAUACAAGUACAACAUGCGCUUCAUGCCCUGCGAUGACUUACACUAACUCUCCUAACGGAUUGACAGAAUGUUUGCCAUGUUUAGUCUGUGACACAAGUAAUGGGCUGAGAGUAAAGCAGGCAUGUACAUUAAUAUCAAAUACAGUUUGUGAACCUCUGUCAGGUUAUUACUGUAUAGACUUGCUCUCAAGCUGUAAAAAGGCCGUGAAAUAUUCAACCUGCUCACCCGGACAAUACAUCAACCAAACAGGAACAGAAUUCACUGAUACAGUGUGCGAUGACUGUCCUGUUGGUUCAUAUUCAGAUGAUACAUUCUGCAAAUUGCAUACAAACUGUGAAUCUCUUGGCAAAAUAACCAUCAGGGAAGGAACCGACACGACUGAUGCGGAGUGCAGUAAUGGAGCGCCUUCUUAUUUAUUACCACUCAUUCUGUCUGUGUGUGUGCUGGUGGUAUUCAUAACUCUGAUUAUUGUCAAGAAAAUAAACUGCAAAUAUGCUGGAGUAAAUCGAGUUACAAACCAAAUGAUCUAAACUAUGUCUCCCAUCCUUCUUCAUGUUAAAUCCAGCUGCUCGACCAUCAGACCAAGCUAUAUUUACUCACAUAGAUGAACUUUGUAUAAUUGUCAAGCGAAAUAUAUUCUUUUUAAAACAGACCUUAUAAUAAUCUUCAGUCAUGCUUCUUGACCUACAGAAACCAUUGUUGCCAAAUAUGAUUUUAAACAAGCACAUUAAAUUA